UGGAAAUAUUUUGGAUAACGUAAUCUGUGUGACAUUGACAUCUACUGCAUCAUAUUUGCACAUCUACAUGGUUAUUUCAUACUUUGAGUGGUUAAAAACGGCGCAAAAACAAGCCGCGCGAGGAUUCCCUAAAUAUUAUACCCCCCAAAAAUUAGACCUCAGAUCCAGCCAGUAACCGUUUUCCGUCGACAAUGUUCGGCAAGUUCCGGGCGCGUGACGUCACGACUUCCCAGUUUAACCAAGAUGGCGGACUCCGGUUCCACAUCCACAGUGCUGGGAAAGAGAAAGCGAAAGACUGGGGCCGGACGACCCCGCAAGUAUUCGACACCGGCAAAGAAACUGAAAAUUCAAGAGAUGAAAAGGACCCGUGUGUACUUGGGCGAUGCAUAUAACGACUGGAAGGAUCUAAGAGAGCGGCUCGGACUGAAAAGUGAUCGCGAGCUCGCGUGCGAACUGAUGAAAAGCUUCAAGGAGAAGAUGUCUGUCCCAAGGACAUCAAGCCCUAAGUGCACAUUCCAGUCUCUAAGCCUCUUCGGUGAUGAGUCAAGUGUUGGGACACAGUCAGAUGAUGACGGUUCUUCUGGUUCUAUUGUGACAGAAAACGUGUGUGUGCCACCACAAUGUGAAGACCUGGAGGAUGCUGUGAGCAGCAUACACCAUCCCACAACCAGGAACCCUGAGAGUGAGAAUGAGCCUGGGAACGAGCCUGAGAAUGAGAGAGAAAUCAAUGCCUUGGAAAACAUUGGGAUUUCUGUGGAGCUCGACAACGAUGAUGAAGUCUCUGACUCUGACUCAGUGGGGUACUUUGAUGAUGUGUCAGGUGACCCUGACUAUGAGCCUCCUGCAAUGCUCAAGGCAACAUACAAACUGUUGGGCAAGGACAUCGAGUCCUUGGACAUCAUAACGGCGGAGGAAGAGGUAUUCUGUCACGACAUGGCUCCAGGAGAGGAGGAUGAGUCUCUUUUAGGAGAAGAGAGCUUGGACACCGAGGAGGAAGGGUCCAUUGAGGAGCCAGCAUCACCUGCCACCAGACGGUUUCCACGACAGUUGAAAAUUCUCAAACCAGAAGACAUUGUGGAUCAGCAGUGCUCCAUAAUGUACAAGUGCAGCCUCGAACAGCUUCUCGGGUUUCUCGAGAUUCCUGCUGACAUGAGAAAGUGCAGGGUACCUAGCUGUUCCAGUAGUGGACUGGCUGAUCCAUCCAUGGAGACCGUAGCGAGUGGUGUGGUUGUCAAAUGGCUCUGCAAAGGUGGCCAUCUUAUCUGGCGGUGGUUCAGUCAACCACGACUGAAGUACGGCAUCCAGGGAGGGGACUUUAUGCAGGCAUCUAGCCUCCUGUUGUCCGGCAACAACUAUGCCAAAUAUUCUCUCAUGUGCAAAUUCAUGAGUCUGGGUUGUGUGAAUGCAUCCACAUUUUACAAAAUCCAGAGUCAGUAUUGUGUAGGCACAAUUGAUGAGUUUUGGUCCAGACAACAGAGGGGGGUCAUCAGGCAUCUCAGGACCAAGGAAGAGGUUGUACUCCUUGGCGACGGACGUAUGGACUCCCCUGGGUACUGUGCGCAAUACUGCACCUACACGGUGAUGGACAAUGAAUCCAAGUCAAUAGUCACGGUAGAGGUGGUGGACAAGAGAGAGACAGACAGGAAGUCCACUGUGAUGGAGAAGGCGGGGUUCCAAAGAGCCAUGGAUGACCUGCUCAACAGGCGUGUUCCUGUCAAAGAAGUGUGCACGGAUGCGCAUGUACAGAUAGGUUCACUGAUGAGGCCUGACAAAGGGGUAUAUGGCAAAAAAGGCAUUCAUCAUUCCUUGGAUGUCUGGCAUGGGGCCAAAAACCUUGCAAAAAAACUAGUGAAAGCUGGAGAUGAGAAGGGUUGCACGGACCUGAAGCCGUGGUCCAAAGACAUUGUCAACCACUUCUGGCACGCGUGCAAGAAAGCCAAUACUUACGAAGAAUUCAUGGGGAUGUGGAAGGGGGUACUCCACCAUGUGGUAGACGAGCACACAUGGGGCUCCGGGUCUUGUCACCACGACCCGAUUGACCCCACUGUAGCAAGAACGAAGAAAUGGCUGGUCCCGGGCUCAGCAGCACACAAGAGGCUGAAAAGCAUCAUCUAUAACAAGAGGUGGCUAAAAACAGUCACCAAGUACCUACGCUUCAGAACAACAUCGGAUCUGGAAUCUUUCCAGAAUCACAUUCUGAUGUACGCAUCAAAGCGCCACUCCUUCACCCCCCCGGUGUACAAGGCCAGAUGCCAGCUUGCUGCACUGGACUACAACGCACAUAAGGACAGGCCAGUGUGGAAGACAAAGGAUGGGCAUAUCAAGUACAGACGCCGGUUUCAGAAGAAAUCAGACAGGUGGUCAAUCUAUGUGUCAAAGCAGCCAAAGCACUACGCCUAUAUCAGGGACCUGCAGUCUGCAAUUGUGCUGAAGAGGAUCAAUUCCCACCGCGGAAUGAGGCGAACCCAGCCCUUGUCAGAGACCGAUCCCAGGCGCUUGGGCAACCUGGCAUCCAUACCAGCACCUCCAACGCAUGUGCUUGUGGAGCAGCACAAGUCGAGGAUGACUGAUUCCACACAGGGUGCAGAGUGAGGUGUGGUGAUGAAGGUAGUUGCGUACAGUCAUUAGGUUUCUGUAUAUUCAAACUUUUUUAUUUCUCCAUUGCAUUCCUUUGAGACCGAGGAAAAAAAAUUCUUUAUCAGUGAAAUUGCAUCCUCCUAUGCAGGGACAUCCAACAGCCAAACUGCCUGGA